CUUCUCCUCACUUAACAACAUUUGGAAGCUCACCUUACGCCGCCAUCCGAGCACAUCAGGGAAGCGCUUGGGAUCGGAAAGACCGGCACUUUAGGAUCGUGCCUGUCGACAGACGGCUCGCGUCUUUCCCUGGAAUACUGCUUGGUAGUGGGAAGAGCAGGAUUAACGUAAAUAAGAGAGGAUGACAGAGGUCAUGAACACCUGUGAGCCGGGCAUGGGAGACUUCAGCGGCAGCAGCACCGCGGAGGACCAAGACAUGUCCUUCCAGGUCUUCCCAGACUCUCAUGACCGCUACCCCAAGCUGUCCAAGAGGCUGCCCUCCAUUGUAGUAGAGCCCACCGAGGGGGGGGAGGUGGAGAGUGGGGAGCUCCGCUGGCCCCCUGAUGACCUGACUUCCACUGAGGGGCCCAGUGAGAGCUCAGCCUUGCCUCCUCUGCACAACCAGACCACGGAGGAAAAGCUGGGCCUGGACAGUGAGGACAACCUGGAGAUGGGUGCAGCCACAGGUGGGGACUCCAACUGAAAGACCCCGGUUAACACCACUUCAGCUUUCACUGUGAAGACUUCCAGACAAAGAGGAGCACGGAACAGAGGACGAUCUAGGAGGGACUGGCCCACCUGUCUACACCUGGCUUGGAAACUUGUCGACUGACCCCAGUUUGGACACACCUCUGUGAAACUGACUGAGAUAGAUAUGUGCCAAACUCUGGUGGUAGCUACAGUACUUUGUAUUGCAUUGUUUGGUUAAGUGUUUAAGUACAGAUAAAUACCCAAACAAUUCUUUCAGACCUUUAGUAUCUUCUUUGGUUGAAUUUUGUUCACACAUCUAAUAGAACAGGUAAAGUUGUGUGCGUGUGUGUGUGUGUGUCUUGUUAAUGUUUUUGAAAUGGCCAUCUUCAGUCUCGAUUUAGAACAUUCUGGGUGCUGAAUCUUGAGUAUUCCAAUAAGUUGACCUGCGUCCUUGAUGAAUGCGUAUGCGGAUGUGUGCUUGGUGCAUAUUUUGCGGUUGGUUCAUGAUAUGUGUUCAUUGUCGUUGCGGAGAAAAUACUGCCACUUUGUAUAUAUCAGAGUUCUCAUAAGCAGCAUUUCAAUUAUUGCUUUCCCUCAUUAGAAAAUAGGAAUCAUUAGAUGUACCACAACCAGAGAGCGAAGACUCAUCAUUCCCUUGUUGAAAACAUGCGGUUCUUCCAUUGACCUUAAUAUGUUUUGUCAUCCGUGUGUUGCCACCUCCAUAAAUGUGAGUGCUUGUCAGUACAAUAGGUACUGGGAAUAGGCGUCCUGCACCACCUCUUUUUAUAGAGUGCAUAUGAAUCCUGACACCGAAGCGAGGCAUUUUCUGGACAAGAAAUCCACUCUUGCGACACUCCCAGAUGCAUUAUUUUCUGCAAGAGGGAAUAGCUUCUUGUUAUUCCCUUCUUGUGGAGCUUCCUGUCCAUAAAAGAUCCGUCUAUCUUAUUGUCAGUCUGCAUGUUUCUCUCGGAUCGCCGCUCCAGACCCUCCUGUUUCCAAGCCUUAUUGGACACAGACUCCCAUCGCAAUAUGUCCUCCGUGGUGUUGAGGCUUGAGUCGUGUGCCUUUUGUUUCCAUAUGUGUGAGUUAGGGUUUGAAUAUGACAGAACAAUAACUUACACUAGUAACAGCAUCCAUCUGAUUACUUAAGAAAUAAUACCCUUUCCUCUUUGUAUUAUAGGAAAGCAGUUUUAAUGUGCAUAAUAUGAUUAUACUUAGAGGUCUGUUUGAUUUAGGAUAAAUGUGCACUUUGCUCAAUUGCUGAAAUUAUAUUAGAAGAUAUUUUUUAUUUUGAAUUACAUGCAUAAAGGUUAUGGAUCAGUAGGACUUGUAUGAAUGCCCACUUCAGUUUCUGUAUAUGUUGCUAUAAAGGUAAUUGCAAGUUUAUAAUAAACUCUAGUGUUGAUUAGAAA